UGCCUAGGUAUCUUGUUUUCUGCAGGUGAAUGCUUUGAAUCAUCCAAUAAUUAGAAGAUUCUGCUGUUUCUGCAUCUCUCCUGUGUAUUUUCCUCCUUUAACGUGCAGCUUUUGUGACCUGUGUAUUAAAGAUAAUUAGAGAUGGUGCAGACUGUUCAGACUUCGCUAUCUGAAUCUCCAGUGAUGACCAGCCCUUCCCAGCGUAUCCAGAUAAUUUCCACAGACUCCUCUGUAGCUUCACAACAACGCAUUCAGAUUGUGACAGAUCAGCAAACAGGUCAGAAAAUUCAAAUAGUGACAGCAGUGGAUUCCGCCGUGUCUCCAAAGCAACAGUUUAUUUUAGCCAGUCCAGAUGGAACUGGUGCCGGAAAGGUGAUACUGGCAGCACCUGAGACAUCUAAUGCCAAACAGCUUAUCUUUACCACCACGGACAACAUUGUGCCAGGCAGAAUUCAGAUAGUGACAGACUCUGCUUCAGUGGAACGUUUGCUGGGAAAAACUGAUGUUCAGCGGCCCCAGGUAGUAGAAUAUUGUGUAGUCUGUGGCGAUAAAGCAUCAGGUCGUCACUAUGGUGCUGUCAGUUGUGAGGGAUGCAAAGGUUUCUUUAAAAGAAGUGUAAGGAAGAAUUUGACCUACAGUUGUCGUAGCAACCAGGACUGUAUCAUCAAUAAACACCAUCGGAAUCGCUGCCAGUUUUGUAGGCUUAAGAAAUGUCUAGAGAUGGGCAUGAAAAUGGAAUCGGUUCAAAGUGAAAGAAAGCCUUUCGAUGUGCAACGUGAAAAACCAACCAACUGUGCAGCUUCUACUGAAAAAAUCUAUAUAAGAAAGGAUCUGCGAAGCCCUCUUAUAGCAACUCCAACGUUUGUGGCAGAUAAAGAUGGGACGCGGUCAGCAGGUCUUCUUGAUCCUGGAAUGCUUGUGAAUAUUCAGCAGCCUUUGAUCAGGGAUGAUGGUACAGUCCUCCUAGCUGCUGAUUCCAAGGCUGAAACAAGCCAGGGUGCUUUAGGAACACUAGCAAAUGUUGUAACAUCUCUUGCUAAUCUGAGUGAGUCACUAAAUAAUGGAGAUACUUCUGAAGUUCAGCAAGAAGAGCAGUCCGCAAGUGAGAUUACACGGGCAUUUGAUACUUUGGCUAAAGCACUUAAUACCACAGAUGGUACAACAGCUCAUACCUUGGCAGAUGGGAUGGAUCCUACAGGAGGAGGGAAUAUUCAUGUAAUCAGUAGAGAUCAGUCAACACCAAUUAUUGAAGUGGAAGGACCCCUACUUACAGAUACACAUGUCACAUUUAAGCUGACAAUGCCCAGUCCGAUGCCGGAGUACCUUAAUGUGCACUACAUCUGUGAGUCAGCAUCACGACUCCUCUUCCUCUCUAUGCACUGGGCUAGGUCCAUACCAGCAUUUCAAGCUCUUGGGCAAGACUGUAACACAAGCCUUGUGCGUGCCUGCUGGAAUGAACUGUUUACCUUAGGCCUGGCACAGUGUGCACAGGUGAUGAGCCUGUCUACCAUCCUGGGAGCUAUUGUCAACCACCUCCAGAACAGCAUACAAGAAGAUAAACUUUCUGGAGACAGAAUAAAGCAAGUCAUGGAACACAUCUGGAAACUUCAGGAGUUCUGUAACAGCAUGGCCAAGCUUGAUAUUGAUGGAUAUGAAUAUGCAUACCUUAAAGCUAUAGUCCUUUUUAGCCCUGAUCAUCCUGGUCUGACCAGUUCAACCCAAAUAGAAAAAUUCCAGGAGAAGGCACAGAUGGAAUUGCAGGACUAUGUACAAAAAACCUAUCCAGAAGAUACUUAUAGGCUAGCCCGGAUCCUAGUUCGCCUGCCAGCACUUAGGCUGAUGAGCUCUAGCAUUACCGAGGAACUGUUUUUUACUGGUCUCAUUGGAAAUGUUCCCAUUGACAGCAUAAUCCCCUACAUUCUCAAAAUGGAAACAGCAGAAUAUAAUGGUCAAAUAACUGGCACAUCUCCAUAGUGGGAACAAUUCAAUUCGGUGGAUCGAAGUAAUUUUCAUAAAAACCAUAUAAUUAUGAAGUUAAAAGAAUAGCAUUUUGGUUUGUGCAGAUAAUUCCAACUUGUUAUCAGUUUCCUGAACAGAUUUCUCCUUGUCUCUUUCCUGAUGUUGACAAAAUUUAAGCAGCUACUAAAAGACCUGCUAUAGGACCUUUUCUGCCACAAGGAAUAUUUUUGCUGCCUUUCAUUUAAAAGGCUAUAGAUUACUGAACAUACUUUUCACAUGCUUUGUAUUUAGAAAUUAUCAGUGGUUAAAAAGAGUUUUAUAAUAUCAGAGAUUAGUAAUAAAAUUACUUUAAAAGUAAAAAGAACAGUAUGUAUAUAUUUAAAAAUAUCCUUGGAAUUAAUGUCUAGUAAAUGCCAGGGUAUAAUACUAGCACUUUGUAAUCACUUCUUGUCAAAGUGACAGCAUCAUCAACAUCCUGCUUAUGAGUAUGGAAAAUGAAAAAAAUGCUUAUGUCCUUAGUCAAAAUGCCAGUGAUUUUUGUGAAAAUGUAGAAUGCUGUAGGAGACAAUCAUUUAUCUGCAAAAAGUCACUUGCUCUUAUGUUAUGCAUGAAAUAUUAAUGUGGAUUCUUAAAUCAGACAUCCACAUUAUAUGAAACUAUACACUGUUAAAUUAGUGCAGUUGUAAUUCAGUACAAUGCAGUCAUAGUAACUAUUAUGUACUACAAGAAUUACCCCACACUAGGAGGAAAAAAAAGUGUUUCUUGCCAUGGUAAUGAUGAAAUAUUCAGGUUCCUUAAAGUGUGUAUUCAGACCAACACAAUCAUGACACGUUAUUCUAAAAUCAAACCUUUUGACUGUGGGGAAAAUCAGUCAUUAACUGGAAGAACAAUAAUUUUCAAGUAGAGCUGUGUGAUGCUUUUUGAGUAUGCUCUUUGUAUUUCCAAAUUUACUACUUCUCUCUAUACUCCUGAACACCUUCAUCAUCCAGCCACAGGUACAAUUUAAAACCUGAAAUGUGUAGAACCUGUGGCUGUCAGCAAGAGUAUAUUACAAAGCUCUCUCACUUUAUUAAACUCCCCACCUCCCUCUCCCUCCCUCACUGAGCACUCCCGGUUUUGCAGUGCUCUCGACCUUCCUGUGACUCAGUGUGAAACCAAAACAUAGUUAGGAUUUACUCUCAGUCAUGUACGAUUGCAGUUAAUGAUUGAUACAUCAUGGAGUUAUAAAAUGGGCUACUUUUUAAUUGUCUCAAGUGAUAAGCCAUCAACAUGUUUUCUAGUAUUGGUCAUUAGCUGCUAGCAUAGCUUUCAUUUUAGUAUAAUUUAUUAUUAUGGAAUUCAAUUUUAAACAAUCAAAGUUUUUUAAAAAAUGUCAUGGCAAUUAAUACCUUCAUCUGAUCCUGGCUCAUUAGAUUCAUCAAUUAUUUUAAUUAUUUGUAUUGUAGAGGCAUUUUUACUUUUGUAGUUUUAUGUGACAAAAAUCUGAUUAUAUGUUCAGCACUUUUGUUUUUCUUCUGUUACUCAUAUUUAUUUAGAAACAUCAACCGGGUUGGUGUUUGUGUCUUUUCAGAGUCUGAAUUGGAGCUAAAAGAUCUUAAGCAGCUCUAGGUGAGGCUUCUGAAGUAAUAAAAAGUCCUGACCUGGUAUACUUCAUGCUCUUUAGGGGGCUCACAUUUGUAGCACUCACUGUGGAACAGAAAGCUAUUUAAUUUUAGCUUCUGGAUGCAUUAAUGUCUUUUACAGUUACCAUUGUUAGUGCAUUCAGAGUCUUCUCAGAAGGGUGUUACAAAUAGUCCAAUAUACAUGCAGAGAUUUGUAAUAUUGCACUUUUAUUUCUCCUGGCUUUUGCUAUAGCAAAUGAAAUUGUCAUGUUAUUAAUGUGAUGGAAGAUCUGCCCUCUGUAUGUGAAGUUAGCUGGACUGAAGAAUUGAGUACCAACCAUUUGAUUGUAGUGUCCCUGCUGGUGGGAUUGUGUCAGAACUUCUGAUGCACAGUCCCUUUGUUAAGGGUACGCAGCUUAAAAAUCAAUGGUGAUAUUAACAUCAGGAGCAGUACUUGCCUUGGAAAGAGUUGGGGCCGUUUUUUGUUAAAAUUUAAAAUUUUAUUCAGUUAUGUCAUUGUUCUAAAAGCAGAAUGCAUUGAACUAUUGUGAUAUUUUUAAUUGCAAAAAAGAGAUUAUGGAGUUUGAUUUCCUUUCAGUAUUUCAUAAAAAUCAUUUAAGCAGAUAAGUAAGCAUUGUUAAUGGCAAAUGAAAUAUUCCUUAGCACAAAAACUAGCCAUUGUAAUAUUUGUUUUUAAAUCUAAACACACACCAGAUGGCUUUUUCUUUGCAAACAUCAUUUCAACUUCAAAUUUUCAAGUAAAAGGACCCCAUUUUCUAUACAAAAAUACUUUCCUAAUUUUUAUUACUUGUGCUGUGAUCAUAACAGUUCAGUAAACAAAAUAAAGGCAUUACAAUUUUGGGGGGAACAGAGGGAUCACAUGAAAUCAAAUUUAAAAUAUAUGCCUUGCAUUACAUUUGUAAACCAAAAUGGUAAGUAUCAUGCAGCUCUGUUUACAAAUAAACUACACUCCCCACAAAUGCAAGUCCACAUAGUGAUCUCCUUGGUCAAACUCUGGUAGUCACUUGCUCUGCAAAUAGUUCCCUGCUUGUUAGGGAUAAAAUAUUAAUUUUUGUAAAUUGAGUAACAACCAUGCAAUAAUAGUUAGGUUCUAUUUAUUGUGCAUGCAUUUUAAUAGAUGAAAUUAAGCAGUUCCAUAAUUAAGAUUUGAAUACUACCACCUAGUCUCUCUUUCUAUAGCAUCAUCAGCAUGACUUGCUGACUUUCAGUAGUCAGAACCAAGCUAGUUAGUCCUGAUGCCAUUAACAAAAAGGGCUUUUUCUAACUAUACACUAUUUUGGUUCCAAGACUAACAGUUUUGAUUGUAGAAAUUUGGACUAUGAUGGCAAGUUCCUAGGGCUGAAGAAAUAUUCAGAAUCUAAAACAUUUUGUAUAUUUGAAUAUUAGCUAUAAAUAAAAGGAUAGUUGUGAUGAGUAA